AAGAUGGUAUUAACACAAAGCACACACUUACAGACUGCAGCAUACCAUGAAACUUAUCAGUGCUGUGAUAUUUUGUGCCUUCGUGGUACAGGUGGUCCUCUCUGCCGACAAUAAAUACACAACCAAAUACGAUAACGUCGACGUUGACAAAAUUCUCAACAACGACAGAGUUUUAACGAAUUACAUCAAAUGUUUGAUGGACGAAGGGCCGUGUACGUCGGAAGGAAGGGAGCUCAAAAAAACCUUACCUGAUGCGCUGGCAAGCGGCUGCACCAAAUGCAAUCAAAAGCAAAAAGAGACUGCAGAGAAGGUAAUCGGACAUUUGUCUCAAAAAAGAAGCAGAGAUUGGGAACGUCUUACCAAGAAGUAUGAUCCCGAGGGUCAGUACAAAAAACGCUACGACGAACACGUAGGUGCAUCGCGGUCUGCCUAAUCCAGAUGCUAUCUGUUAUUUUUCCCCAACAGUAUUCUUCCUUUUUUACUUUUCUCUCAAGGAUGUUCACUUUUGAUUGCUGUUGUAAAUGCUUUUGUAUUUUCAUUGUUUCUUAUGUUGUAAACAUUAAGACAAAAAUAAGACUUGCUAAUUAGACAUUA